GUACUUCAGUACAUCUAAAAACAUGAGUGGAAGAGGCAAAACCGGAGGCAAGGCUAGGGCUAAGGCCAAGACUCGUUCUUCAAGGGCUGGACUCCAGUUCCCCGUGGGCCGUGUCCACAGGCUGCUGCGCAAAGGCAAUUAUGCUCAGCGUGUCGGCGCUGGUGCACCGGUGUACUUGGCCGCUGUGCUCGAGUAUCUGACCGCUGAGAUCUUGGAGUUGGCCGGUAACGCUGCCCGUGACAACAAGAAGACCCGAAUCAUCCCCCGCCAUCUGCAGCUGGCUGUCCGCAAUGACGAGGAGUUGAACAAAUUGCUCGGCGGAGUGACCAUCGCUCAGGGAGGUGUGCUGCCUAACAUCCAGGCUGUGCUUCUGCCCAAGAAGACCGAGAAGUCCAAGUAAAUUUGGAUCUUCAGAGAAUUCCACCAACGGCUCUUUUAAGAGCCACCCACUUAUAUCAUUUUAAAGCGAUAUCCAUGUUACGAUUCCUGAUUAAUGUGAACUCUAUAAUAUUCUCUUCACUCCAGCAAUACAAACUAAAAAACGUUCCCUGUUAUGCUAACAACGUGAGAAUGAAUAUGUUUUAUAUUGUUUCAAUCUGGUAGUGAGUCUGAGGCACUCGAAAAGGUAUUUUUUAAAAAGCCUUUAUUAAACUUGGCGAAACAUUACAAAUAUGCCAACAUGUUUUAUAUUGUGUAUCCUACUAAUAAACCCUUAACUCAAAAAGGCUUUUAAAGUGGU